UUGGGGUCAGCUGCACCGGUGACGUUGCAGUCGCCCACGUCUAAAACUCGACAAGCCGGCAGAUCGCGCAUGCUCUAUGACAAGACACGGCUCGUGACUGCUAUCGUCCCCGUCGCUUCUGAAGAUUACGUUAAUACGUCAGUGGGCUUUAUCUGUGUUGUCUCUGUGUCGAGUAGGAGACUAGAACCCCACCAUGCUGUCCAAACUCAUCAUCCUCGUCCUGCUGAUCACCUCGGGGUCUGCUGCCCCGAGAAAAGGAAUCAAUGACUGCCCGUGCAACGCGCAGCAGCCGCAGCCAUGCCUGCGUCUGAUGCGCAAGUUCGGCAGCUGCUUAUCCGGCGGCGUCUCUCGCGGGCUGGACGGCCUCCUGGCUGUGCGCACCAUGCUGUCUGGCGGCACCGCUUCGGCAGACCCUUCCCUGCUGGGCCAGAGCAGCCGCCUGUGCAACGACAAGGAUGGACUGGCUGAAUUAUUGGCGCUGUUCCGUACUUCGUCACCAUCUACCGACAUACCGUGUCUCGACAAAGAAAUCUGCGCCCUGGCAUGUGGUUCUUGUGGCCAGAGUCCAUGCUCAUGCGACACUGCAUGUAACACACCAUGUGACACCGCAUGCGGCAGCUGCUCUGGUGGCUCUUGCAGCGGACCCUGCUGCAAUCCGUGUGACCCUUCCAGUGGCACGCCAUGUGACACCGCAUGCGGAAACUGCUGCGGUGGCUCUUGCAGCGGACCCUGCUGCAAUCCGUGUGACACGUCCAGUGGCGCGCCAUGUGACACCGCAUGUGGCAACUGCUGCGGUGGCUCUUGCAGCGGUUCCUGUUGCAAGCCGUGUGAUCCGUCCAGUGGCGCACCAUGUGACACCGCAUGUGGCAACUGCUGCGGUGGCUCUUGCAGCGGACCCUGCUGCAAUCCCUGUGACACGUCCAGUGGCGCGCCAUGUGACACCGAAGGCGGCAACUGCUGCAGUGGCUCUUGCAGCGGUUCGUGUUGCAAUCCGUGUGACGCGUCCAGUGGCGCACCAUGUGACACCGCAUGCAGCAAUGGCUGUGGUGGCUCUUGCAGCGGACCCUGCUGCAAUCCGUGUGACACAUCCAGUGGCGCCCCAUGUAGCAACUGUUGCGGUGGCUCUUGCAGCGGUUCCUGUUGCAAUCCGUGUGACGCGUCCAGUGGCGCACCAUGUGACACCGCAUGCAGCAACGGCUGCGGUGGCUCUUGCAGCGGACCCUGCUGCAAUCCGUGUGGCACAUCCAGUGGCGCACCAUGUGACACCGCAUGCAGCAACUGCUGCGGUGGCUCUUGCAGUGGUUCUUGCUGCAAGCCGUGUGACCCGUCCAGUGGCACGCCGUGUGACGCCGCAUGCGGCAACUGCUGCGGUGGCUCUUGCAGCGGUUCCUGCUGCAAUCCGUGUGGCACGCCGUGCGACACCACCGGUGAGACGCCCUGCGACUCCUCCGCAUGCAGCAACUGCUGCAGUGGCCCAUGCGGAUCUUGCGGUUGCAAAAGUGGUGGUGGCUGCACCGGCGCUUGCUCUGAAGGUGGAACUUGCAACUGCCAAGGUGGGACCUGCAACUGCCAAGGUGGGACCUGCAGCUGCGGUGGAGGGACCUGCAGCUGCGGUGGAGGGAGCUGUGGAAGCACAGGGUGUUGCUGUGGAGGGACCGGCAGUCCGUGCAGUGGUGAUGGCAGCAGCCCUUGCCCCUGCAGCUGUUCCUCAGACUGCAGUGGCGGAGCCUCCCCGUGCUGUGGAUCUGAAGGCUGCGGUGCUACCUCUGCUCCUGAUUCCCAGCCUACAGUGGUGGCCGUGUAAAGUGAUGGGGUGGAGCCUCGGUACAGAGGGUUUUAGAUUUGUAGAAGCCCCAAACUUUAAUUGGUUGCCUCAGGUAUUGCAAUAAAAUUACGUAGAACAAGCAA